GACACUUCAGUUGACAGAUGUUCCUCAGUUUCUGUGCAAAUAAACAAAAGUAUUUUCCAAAAUGUCAUUGGUUGAAUUGCUUCAAAAAUAUGUUUACACCGCAGUAACGAAUUAUGUGCCCUCUUUGGCCCAGUUAGCGAACUUGCGGUUCUAUGUUCAUCCACCAUGACGACCGGCCAAGCCUCAACUUAGAGACUUUAAAAAAAGCGAUCACCCUUGCUUUCCAAUCAAGGCGGCAGUCUCUAGUGGUUUCCCGCAAUGAGGACAUGGUUGAUAUUUUGUCUGUUCUGUGCAAAUUAUGUUGGCUGUGAGAUGGAGUUCCCCCCGCUUCCUCAAGGAAAGCCUUACAGUUUAGAGAGCGGAGAGGAUUCUUGGAGUUUGAACGGUCUUACAAGUAUUGCAAAUGACAUCGCCUUGACGCUCAGAAAUCAGGCGCCUUACGGUAAGGAUCGUUUACAACUGUACUGCUAUCGUGUGUGUGACUAUUUUGACCUUUUCUACCCGAAAAAUAAGCCGCUGUUUACACAAGGCACGUUAAACUGGACCAUAUUUUGAAUGGGAUGCUGUCCACAGAAUCAUAGCCGCGCUUGUGCAAAUACAAGUAUCACUUCAUAAGUGUGCUGCCUCUCGAAUGUAGUGCUGCAAGGCAAUUGCUAUCCUUCGGAAUACGACAUGCGCUUAAAUAUUGCACAAAGUCCAACAGAUUUCUUCUCGGUAUGCGGUUAGGUAAAUAUAUUCUUAAGAUUAGGAUUUUAAAGCUGGCAACAUUUUACAUUGAACGCGUUGACUUUCGCUGUGAUGAUAACUUAGGCUACACAGUGAACGAACUAGUUUAAAGGUUACGUCCUAAUUUUUACUCAAAUGUUGUAUUUUUAAGUGAUUUCAGUUUAAAUAUUUUUAAACUAGUUUUUUAUUGGGUAGUUCCUUUGUUCCAGGAUUAUGGUAAUUCAAUCAGAACGAAGAAAAAUAUUUUACUAAACAACGUUUCGACCGCUUAUAUUGCGGUCAUUUUCAAGUUGAAGGAUAAUUAUUUUUUCAUCAUGCGCCUAAAUAAUCAAUUUUAAAAAUGCUAAUGACAUUUAAUUGAUUCGGUUUUAAUGCUGUUUCUUUCGGCUCAGCGUUUUUUAUCAUUCUUGUUAAAAAAAGAAAAACAGCCCCUGAUAAGUUUUGCUUUACUACAUUUCCAGAUGAGUCUAUUUCAAAUAAGGAAGUAUUUGUCUUCUGACCAAUACUGACACGUGGAGGUGAUGUGUUGAAAAUUAAAAUCUUUUCUCUUCCCGACCUUCUACUGCUUUAAAAAUCAAAGAUGGUAGCAAUAAUUUUCACCAAGAAAAUACUGAGCACUCACUUGCCAACAUCACGCCUGGUUGGCAGGCUAUUUCCCUUCAUUUUCAUUCACAGUUAAUAACAGAAAGUAAAUGCUGAUUGAUUUUUGUUUUUGUCUCUGAAAUCACAGCAAUUUACCUACAUUUAUAUUUUAAUAAGUUGAAUUUUACUGUUGAUUACUCAUGAACUAUUGGAGGAGAAAGGUAUACAUGUUAAGGAUGACACCACCAUAAAUAUUUUACCUCUUUAUAAUACAAAACAACUAGAUCCCAUUAGGUUCAGUAAUAGCUCACAUAUGACGCAAAAAUUUGGAAGGAACAUCAGUGACUCAUGUGGCUGCCUCUCUUGUGCCACUUUUUCAUUCACACCACAUUUGUGAUCUUACCAAACAGACAUACAGCAACAUUGAAUCUAUUUUUUAAGUAAAUAUAUACCUCCUCUUUGGUUUUUUGCAGAAAUUAUUGGAAAUACCCUAAGUAAUGCAUUUGGUAAAGGAGGAAAGUCCCCAGAAAUCUCUGAGGUUUGUGAAACCAAUUAACUUUCACUUAAAAUUAAAAGAGGUUAUACUUUAUAAAAAGCUUCAUGCAAAUUUUAUGUCAUAGAAAAAUUUUGUAAAACAAAAGAUCUUACCCACCUUGAAAAAGUAAGUUUUAAAAACCAUUGCUUAAGUUGUUUCUAAAUGUAUAGCUUCUCGAUAAUAUCUCAAAGCAGUAUAAUUACCUUUAACUUCAUAGGUUUUCCCUCAUACAAGGACUUUCUUUCCCUUUGCUGUUCAGCCACUAUGCAAAUGGCUGUAGCCUCUUUUUACAAGUCUCGAGUGAGCUGCACAUGAAGACCAAAAUGUGCUGAUUACAUAUAAAUUUACCUUCAGUUAAGACAAAAACUAUUCUUGAAAUAGCAAGGAUUACUUAUCUUAUUUACAGGUAGAAAAAGUAGGUCUUUCAGAAGGAAGCUGUGAUGAAAGAUUAGCCAGUGGUAAAAAAGUGACUUCCCCUAGGGUACAAGCAUCUAUUCCAUUAAAAUCUAUUCCCCUUUGCUUUUACUUAGUGAUUUUUUUUUCCAGUUUUAAUCAGUCUCUCUGAGUAAAUAGGAAACAAAGCAAAGGUUGAAAUUAAUGGCAGUUCAAGGAACUUCUUUCACCAUUUUUUUACAUCAAAGCAGCCAGUGUUUCAGAAACAAGUACUGUAGCCAGUGAAAACUCUGGUGACUGGUGCUGCUGGAGAAUACUGACAAGUGUUACUGACAAAGCCCGUAGAAGAAUUUUAUCAUUGUGAUUGUUUGUUGUAUGAUGUGGUCAGCAGUGUUUUUGUUUUAUUACUUUCUCAGGUGAUUGACUAUGAAGUUCCUUUGAUAGUGCUGGCUUCCCUCUCUUUGAUUGCUGCAUUGGUUAUCCCUAUUAUUGGCCUAGUCUUUUGCUGUUGUCGUUGCAGAGGAAAAUGUGGUGGCAUUAUAUAUGAUGAUGAACUCAAACAGCAUCCUGCAAAAGAACGAAUAGCAUACUCUGCUGGAAUUCUUCUUUGUGCAUCUUUACUGAUGUAAGUUUGAGUUUUGAAAUGUUUUUGUCAUUUUUGCUUUAAUUGUUUACAAAUAAAUUGAGGUCCAUGUUGGGUCAUUUUUAUGUCAUUUGCUGACACAACAGUUCAUCUUCCAUUGAUCAGCUUUAUUGAUCAGCCCACAGAAUGAAUUUUUUUUUUUGCUCUAUUUUAUGUCUUGCAGUAUUUCAGGUGGCUUUAUUCUAGCUUCAAGUAUUCAUAUGAAUGACAGUAUCCCACAUGCAAGAACAGUGUGGAAUGACUCAUUUAGUGAUAUCAAAAUUUACGCAGGCAAUUUACUUCAGGUAAGGGAUAAACUAUAUAUUUCAUGAAUCUGUGUAUUCAUGAUGGGCUUGUUUGAUACUGGUACAAUACUUAAUUGUGCUGAAAAGUGACCUGUGUAAAUACACUAUUUAAACAUUUCAGGAAAUAAAUCACAUAUUACUUCAAGAAGCUGUUCCCACAAUUGACAUUUUGUUUGAUGCAGUUAUUGGUGAGUUUUGUGGGCAUAGGUCAUACAUUUGGGUAAUGGAUAUAGUGUAAAAUAAGUUUUUUGACCUCUUGAGGAUUUUUAGGAUGUAGUUUAUUAAUUAGUGAUUCUGACUAAAAACUAAUCUGGCAGUUCUGAAAUCCAGAAUGCCUUUGCAACUAGUCAGAAAUGCCAGAAACCUCUACUUUCUUCUUCUUUGGACACUUUUAGCCCAGUUAGAAUUUUUCCUGGGAUAUGAUACUUUCUGAUUGAGUUGUCCCAGUCAGAGGUUAGGCCAGGAUCACUACAGUAUGUUUUACUUUUAGAACUCUAACAAUGAUGAGUAAGCACAAUUGCCCAUUUUAAUAGAGUUAGAAGUGGAACACAAAUUUACAUUUAUGUAGCACAGCCAUAGCCCUUGAGUGACUGGCAUCUAAUUUCUCCUCACCAUAUCACCCUUGAGUCAAACAUUUAGGUCAGGAGAAUAAAGGAACUGACCACCAACUUGAGAAGCUUUUGAUUGUUAAACAAAUUCUCCUAGUCGGCAUCCUAGGAAAUGUAUAAAAAUGUAUGGAGAAUAUGCAUACUGAAGUUAGGGUGUAAAGGGUUAAGUUACUACACUAGACAAUAUUAUCAAGAGAUACUGUGUACUUUGUGGGUGUCAAAGCAAAGAUGCCUGGUGGAGGCAAAGACUUCCUGGCAGUAGUCUUAAGAGUUUCUGUAAAGUUUGUUGUAAUUAUCCCUGUCUCCUACAUUGUAUAUAACAAAAAGUAUUUCUCCAACAAAAAGCUAAGAAAAAGGUUACAUAUUAAUUAUAUAAUGUAAUUCAAGUGCUCAUUUAGUUCAUACAAUUGUAGAAACACCUUAUAUUUGCUUUAUUGUUUUGUAGUACACUUAAAUAUAACCUGGAACAGUGUUGAAAAGUGGAUUUAUAGUGUUAAUUUAUCAAUUUGUUUAGCAAUGGGAAGAGAUAUAGUUGUUCCUAUAAUACAGUCACCUGUAUUUCAAGAACUCUACUCUGCUGUUAAAGAUGUUGAUCAAGGUAAAUGUACAUUAUGGUGCCCAUAUUCCUGAAAAGGAAUGUUCAUAUGAUACUACACAUUAUAUUGCUUAAUCUCUUUUUUUGGCAACCAGAAUUUUAUUUCUAGUAACUAUUUUAUGAUUUUUUUCCUGCAAGUUGCAGCUUGGGAAAAAGUGUAGCUUGGAGUGCUGUCAAUUGUUUUUUCUUUUUUUUUUUUUUGGUCUAGACAGAGUCAUCUGUCAUCAAAUUUAAGCUAGGCUGGGAAGGGGUUGGGGUGUGGAGAGGUAGUGAAGAAUCAAGCAUUCCCAGGUUUUUGGCUUCCUGAAUUUGCAGCUAAAAACAAUUUACUUUCUUUUAUUAUCAGCUGUGAAACAGACCGCACAACUUUUUGGGGAAAUAGCAGAUGCAAAGUCAUCUCUAAUCUCAAAAAGCAGCCACAUUCAAAAUGAACUAAUUUCCAUUCAAAAAGCAUUGGAGGCCAUUCAUACUGAAUGUAUAGGUAGUGGAGGAAGCAGUCUUUGUGAUGAGAUCCCAUUUGGUAAGGAUGUGGAAACUGAAGCAGACUUUAACAAGGUGUGUGAUUUUGUUGAUCAUGACUUUCACUUAUAAAUUGUAACAAAAAAUUAUUGUUCAAGAUAUGACUGUCACAAUAGUAAUUUGAUGUCAAUGAAAUAUACAUUUACUGUUCAUUGUACAUAUAAAUGAUAGUGCAACACAAGAGUAAAUCUGGUACAUGGAUACUAUGUGACCUUGAAAGCAUUCUCUAUAAAAUCAGAUGAUUUUAAUGAACUAUUAUUACUAAAUGAAUAUCUGGAUUUCUUUAAAUCUUGUAUGUACUUUUAAUACAGUCAGGCAAAUUUUUGUUGUUGUUCAGCUAAUUACUGUUAAUUUUUAGACUUUAUCCUGUGUAUCUCAGGGAGAAUUAAGUGAGUCAUUUUAUGGGUAAAUUUAAAGUGUUUAGUGACAAAUUAGCUUUAUUUAGUGCCCUGAAGCUUUUCCUUGCCAUCCUACAACAUGCCACCCUCAAAAAGUUCCUUGUUUGUUCAAUUUUUUAAGAUGGUAGUAAAGAAGUGUAUCAUAUACAACUGAGUGUAGUCUUAUUAUUUCUAGGUCCCCAAUGUUACUGAUAGCCAAAACAAAAUAGAGGAUGUGGCAAAGAGUGGUCUUGGAGAUGAUGUUGCAAAGGUACAAUUUUGAACUCUAACAACUAUUGUUACAAAUUCAUAUGUUAAGUCUUGAUAAUAAUAUAACAAUUUUCAUUUAUAUUCAAGGUGAUUUCUUAAGUUUUCAGGUGUUAAAUAUUUUACUUGUACCUAAGCAAGGUUAUGAUUUAUAUUUUAUGUGUGGUUUGGGAGCUGUUUGCAAUGGAAACACUGUGAUCAAGGCCUGUGAUUAGGGCCUUAAAAAUGUGUUAGAGGGAAGCUCUCUAAGUAUAAUAACUGAUAUACACUGUAAUCAAAACUAUAACAAAAUUUCCACUAAUAGGACAGUGUAUGUGUCAUGCUAGUAAUUUGACAGUGUAUUUGGACAGUUUACAUGUUGUGCCUGGGUAAGUGGUCAGUAUGCAUCAUGUGUAUGCAUCAUGUGUUCUCUUCAAAACUGAAUUUGUUUUGUAAAUUCUUGGGGAAAAAGGAGUAAAGUAUCCUGACUGACAUAAAACCAUUUAUAAAGUUUUUGCAAUUCAUUAAUUUACCUUAAUUUACAUUAAUCUAAGGUCAUUAAAAGUGAUAAAAUAAUCACUCAGAAACUAAACGUGACUGCAAUCUUUUUAUCUCUUAAAUUAUCAGACCAGUUUACUUCUAGCUGUUGGUCACUAGAACUUUGUGGUUGUGGUUAGGAGGUCAUAAGUGAACCAUGUUCUCUUCCAUUAUCAAAAUAGGGUAACCAGUCUCUACAGGACAUGGCUGAGAGAGUUCAAAACUUGACUACAAAUUUAACCAAUGGUAAGAAAUAAGACUUGUGCGAAAAUUCCUGUAUGUGAUGUAAUGCUACACUUAAAAACAACUUUAUAUAAUAUAUGCUUGCUUGACCACUGAGCUGUCUUGUACAUGUAUUUUUGCCAGUAGAUAUAGAAAGAAAGCUCUUAAUCUGUUUCAAAAACAAAAAACAAACAAGCAAACUUAGCAUUAGGAUAAAGAACUUACAGAAACUAAAUUCUGAAACAAAAAAAAAGAAAAAAGCAUUUACUGAAUCCUUGAAUCCUCAACCCUUAAACUCUCCUAGGUGAUCACCCAUGUAACUCUCCCUGUAAUAUAUAUGUGGGAGCUAGAGGGGAGAAUUAUCUUGUUGAAUUGCUUAUCACUUUAAGUAGUUGAAGGGUCAAAAUAUAGUGAAAGUUGGACUUUGAACACUGAAUUUAGAGGUCACAUAUCACUCAAAGAUGCAACAAUUGUUGUCUACAGAAUUUCAGAAUUUUACUUCCAAAAUAAAAGAUAUGCCAGUGGAUGUUGUUCAGCCUUUUAGAGAUAACAUUAAUAAGGUAAUUUUUAGCCAGGGAACUAGAAUGUUAUAGUUUUAUUUCUACACCUUCUUUGAAGUUAUCUGGUUAUGGUUGUUCUGCCCUUCACCUUAUUUUUUUUUGGACUUGGUCUAUUCCCUUUGAGCACCAUGCAAUUCUAAUAAGGAAGGGGUAGUUAUUCCAUUGUUAUUUUGACUCUGAGUUUGGAUUGCAAUGUACAGUAUUCUUUUUACAGGACCUUGUUCAUGUCUUAAGUCUUUGAACUAGAAAAGUGUCUCAGGGUCGUUAUUAUUCUUUCUUGCUCAAGACAGGUCUUAUAAAUCAUUUGAGAAUUUCAGAUAUGUUCAUGAAUCUUACUUCCAUCUGGCCAGAGUUGGGUAAAACUGUUUUUGUUUAUGGGAAUAUUAGCUGCUGGUUCUUAGCUGCAUGCUGUGGGGUCAAAGGCAACCUCAGUACUAGCCUGUUACUAGGGUUUGUGGGAUUGUAGUUGAUUGCAGUAACCUUAGUGUCCCCUCAAUGAUUAAUUAGGGUGUUCCCACAAAAAGAAAUAACAUUACAAGGUGCAUGUGAAGUGAGGUGUUUUAAUUUGUUUGUUGUUGUUAUGAUAGUACAUUGCAGAUACUCUGUUUCCGAUCAGAGAUGAUGUAGAUGAGAAGUAUCUUGGUCCAGAUGGAUUGCUAUCCAAAUAUGACAACUAUAGGUACAGUAUGUAUACAUGUAUCCUGUAUUCUGUACAACUGUAUACAUGUAUUCGCUGCUAUAGGGUGUAUGUAAUUUUGUUGGAAAUCUUGACACUUUACAUUUCUCCUUUGGUUCUCUCUCUCUCUCCACAUUUAUGUAAUGUUGUAUCUGUCCAAAACUGAAUGUUUUGGGUGCAAAACUGUUCUGUUACUUUCCAGUGUUAAAUUUAAGGAGUGAGCCAGCUUUACAGAGGGAAAAACAGAACAAUUCAGUGUUGUAUAAGAAAGUGUUAGUGGGUUUGAAGAGAAGCUAACGGGAGAUACAGUGUAGACUGUAGACAACUUACCUAUAAUUAUAAUAAUUAUAAGACCUUUCAAUUUCUUUGGAUUGGGCUUCAUGACUCAGACAUGAUGUGAAUGAAAUGUGGGGCAAAAAGGAGAGAGAAAGAAAGAGAAAAAAAUGGAAAAUAAUGUAUCUUGUUGAUUAUCUUUUCUUCUGUCAGGCAUAUAGCCUUCGUUUUGAUAGGAGUCCUAUCUCUUUUGGAUGGUUUGCUGUUGAUAAUUGCUGUGGUAAUGGGUUUGUGUGGUUCUUUAAGUUAUGAUACACCCAGUAGUAGAAGUAAUCUUUCACACUGGGCAGGAAGGCUUAUGUUAGGGUAAGUUGAGGAUACUUUGACAACCCAUUUCAUUAUUAAAGUAUAAUUAUGUACUUGUAUGUGAUCAAAUGAUUAAAUUUCAACUACUGUACUGUAGGAAUAAUUGUGAAAAAGCUCAAAUUUCUUUAUCAAAGACUGUCCACGAGUGGAACUUGUGAUCUUUGAACAAUGAGUAACUCAAAACUCGUUUUAAUACAAAUUGCAUGAAAAAAAUCAUUUGAUUGCUUCUUAAUUACUUCCAUUUAAUCUCAUGCUUCUGCCCUGAGUUUCAAUUUUCUGUUCUGCUUGGUAUUAAUGGUUUUGUCUCAGCCAAAUGGCACUUGGAAACUUUUUCUGAGGUCCUGGCUGAUAGAAGAGUUCUUAGUCGUCUAUUAUAGUUGGGGUCACUUGGAAUCUUUUCCUAAUCUAUGAAAUUACUUGUAUUUUCAAAAACUCCAAGGCAUCCCUCAUAUCUUUAACACCUUUUGUCUAAGGAUGCAUGCAACCAUUAGUUUUGGGUUGUUGCUUCAAUUAUAAUUGUGUUAUGAAAAUAAGCAAUUAUAUGUAAGCUUUGAUUGCAAGCUUUGUUAGAGAAUGGUAGGACAGUUUACUCUAUCCUCUACAAAACACCCCAAACUUUGUUGUUAUUGAACUGUUUUCAGCAUAUUUCUGUAUUUACAGAAUAUUAAAUUUUUGGUUUUUUCUGAUUUAAGGAGGCUCUGAACUUAUGAUUUUUAUUAAUAUGCUGCCAAAAGAUAAAUGUUGAUGUGCUGAAUAUAUCACAACCCUAUUCAUUGGUUUUCUGUUUGCACAUUCAUUCAAUUUAACAGUCAUUUCUUUAUUUCUGAUUAUGAACUAGACUUGUAUUAUUAACUACCUAGAGAUCUAAACUAACUAAAGGAGAUACAAAAUUCAGGUUGAGCAUUGUUAAGAUUAUAGGUAAAUUAUAAUAUUUAUCUGACCAUUUUUCCCAUUCUAGAGCUGCUGGCUUGUUCUUUUUUUCUGCAUUUCUCUUUAAUUUGUUGACUGGUAUCACGUUCAUGUUGGGAGCAAAUAUAGCGGUUGUUUGUGAUGGCAUACCUGAUUAUAAGCUUCUUGAAAAGGUAUUACUUUUGUGCAGAUUCAUUCUACCCAUGUGUAUACUUUAGCCUUAUUAUAUCAAAUAGCAUAAAAGGAUUUCUCAUGAUGGUUAUUCUCUUCUCACUUUCUUGUGAGUAAUUGAAAUUUCUGGUAGCUUUUCUUUAACUAUCUUGUUGUCAUUUCCUUUGUUAGAUGUUUUACUACUUGCUCUGUGCUUUCAAACAUGUUACCUAAACAAGGCAUUGGACAUGUACUUUGAUUGGAAGUUGGAAGAUUAACUUACUUCCUGUCAAAAUAAUUAUUGUCGUACCAACCUUUGUUGGCUUUUUGUACCUUUUGAAGUGGCUGCCUUUUUUAUUUAUUAAACUAAUUGAUGAUUUGGCAGCUUAAGCAAAGCAAUGUUCCCAAAUGAUUGAUUGGAUGCAAAUUUAUGUGCCAAUCAAUUCAAAGCUUUAACAUCCCCCCUUCCCUUAGCAACCCAUGGGCAUUUGACUGUUGUCUGUGCACUAGGGGUGGGGAAUUUGAACCUUGCCUGGAAACAGUGGAACAUAAGUGUUUUAUUUCACAUAUGGAGGAAUUGAAAGGUAUUCGUAAAGAGUCCACUUUUAUAAGAAAAUUUUUCACAAUGAAGAAUGAUACUUACAUGCAAUGAACCCCACAGCAGCACCAAAAACUGUUAUGUGGCUUUGCUAAAUUCUGAAUCAUUUGUUGGGUGUUUAAAUGCAAUUUUGGCACGGGGGCAGGAAUCUGCACUUACCAAUCUUAAAAAGUUGAAAUGCUCAGAGGUUCACUCUAAAAAAAUUUUAAAUUUAAAUUGAUUGAUGCAUUCAAUUUUAUCUAGCCAUUUAUGCAUAAUAAUUUUCAUAGACUAUAGAUGACCCAAAAUUUAUGGGAGGAGAGUACUUGCUGAGUGAAAUGAUCCUAAAUAAUGGAAAUAUUCCAUUGACUGUGUCUGGAGUGCUUAGGUAAGUGGAUCAUCAUCUUCAUCUCUGACUUUGUCUUCCAUCAAAUAUUUUUGAUUGUGCAUGUUGGUGACAAUUAUUUUAUUAAUAAUUAACCCAUUGAAAUUUUCCACUUCUGGAGAAGCAGGGAAUUGCAUUUAUGUCACUUCAAAGAAGUCCACGGACAGUCCUCCAUUUCUUCCUGUACACUCCCUUCCCCUGCCCCCUACCCCCCCCCUUUGCAUUGGCUUUUCACAUUUCACUUGAGGCUCAUGUUUCACAGGAUGAUGAAAACUAAUAAUGUGUUACUCUGAAAUGAAGUGAAGUGAAUGAUAAUAUGGAGAGUGUCUUAUGCUCUAUUGUAAUACUUAAGCAAGCAACGCAUUUAUAAAGUCUUCACUAAUUUCUGUCUUGUGUGAACUUACAGUGAAUGUUCCAAAAAUCAAGCUCCUUGGGAUGUUCUCAAGAUGGACCAUGUGUUUAAUCUCUCUGUUGUUCUUAACUACAAAGAUGUAAGUUUCAAGCAACAACAAAGAAAAUUAAGUUUGUUUGUGUGGUCACAUGUUCAAGGAACUUAAACACACCAGAUUAGUAUUUAUAAUGCUUGAGUGCAGGGUUUGUGUCUUGGUUUUGACUUAAUUAAUUAGUUGUCUGAAUAAGGCUAGUGUGGAUUUCUACAGGUUAAGAAUAUCAGUGGAUUUUGGAAGGGACAGUUUUUUUCUCUCAUUAUGUUAAUGUAAGCUGUGAACCUUAGGGAGAAUAGAGAUAAUGGUAUCAAUAAUUAUGAUAAUCAGAUAAUGAUAACGAGUGCCUUAAUUGUCUGCAUUGAUAUGGCGUUUCAGCAGCUCCUCAAAUUGGAACUGAUUUGAACAUUAAUCCUCUACAAAAUGUAAUCUUAUGAAUUUCAUAAGAACUAGAUUCAUCCUAUUGCCCCUGUUAGUUACUUUGUCCUUAAAAAGUGGGAGGUUCACUAUUUGAUUUAAGUCUUUGUUUUAACCAGAGUCUCCGAAGAAGUGAAAUUGAAUUUCAUGAACUUCAAGUCUCUGUUCAAAGAUAUGUGACUGUUGAUAAAUGGUGUGCUGAGUAUUGGUGUUUGGUUUUUUAGAAUUCAGUCUUGCAUUUUGCAUGAUUUUCUCUUUUAUGUGCCAUUAGCGAAUCCCUGAACUGGACGCAGUGUUUGCUACACUAAAUGAAACUGUUAAAGAUACUGAAGUAAUUCCUGAGAAGACCAAGAAAAGUGUAAACGACUCGUUGAAUGCAGGGGUGUCAGACAUUAACUUCACCCAGUAUCAUGAACAGGUUAAGUAUGGACAGAAGGUUUUUAUUGUUAAAUUAAUAGGAUGCUUAAUGAUAAACUUGGGCAUGUCAUUCACCAUGGUGUCACGACUGAACUUGAUUUUAUGGAGGAAAUAUCCAUAUUAUCGUGUUGAUUGUGCCUCCUGAAAAAUAGUUAUUGAAAUCUCAAACUAAUCUCCUAUCUCCCAAAAUCCCAAAUGCUACAAUUUCAACCCCACUUCCUCCAAAAACUAUAUGAAUAGCCUCCCAAGAUUUAAUUCAGGGUUCCCCUUGUAGCAGACAAACAGAGGAAUGAUAGGAUAAUUUUGGUUUUAUGAACUGAAUUGGUAAUGUGAAUUGGCCACCGUAAAGAGUUUCAAAGAACAGACAAGAGAUGGGUAGUCUGACAAACAAACAGGUACGGAGACUGAAAGACAAGCAGACAGACAUUGUAGAAACAAUCAGACAGACAGGUGGAUAGAAGGUCAGAUGGAUGUACGACAGACAAAUAGACCGUCAGGCAUCUGAAUAAUGAAGACCAGGCAAAGGAAUUAAUCGCCAGAAUAGCAAUACAUACAUCUUGGUGUCCUCAAAACAUGUAGAACUAAAGCAAAAAGCAAUAGCCUAAAUCACUGGAUUAAUGAUACACGUAACAACCAUAUGGUGGUAGAAUUAAAAGUUCCUUAGUCACGUCAUUCCUGUGUACAUUUUUAUACUCCCAGGUGAAUAAACCUAUCGUCACUGUCUCCUUGCCAUCAUUUGCAUCCAAUGUCAGUAAGGCUGCCAACACAACAAAAAGUCAGGUAUGUCGAUACAGUUACCCGGGACCAUUUGCUCGUCAUUACAGCUUCGAUUAAUAACUUGCGGCAUUAUACAGCCAAUUAUUCAAAAGGAUCAAUACAACCAUGGUUUUGAUAAGUUUUUUUUUUGCCUUUGUACUGGUAUCUUACAAUUCUGACUAUCACUAGGCAUUUUUAUGACGUUUCCCCAAUGUAAGAAGUUAGCAUUGCGGCAUUACAGGCACCUAGACAAUGGCAAUUCAAGACAAAUUUGUAGUUAUGUCUUUGGGUGUCUACCAAUAGGAGCUUGCAGUGGUUUUUCGUAGUGUUUGUUUUUUUGUUUGUUUGUCUGUGUUUUUCAGAGAUGAAGGAAAAGUGAUUGAAUUUUUCCUACGAACGACCUUUUCAGAUUUGGCCGAUGAAAUAUACUGUGUCCUCUAAAUCAUUCAAUCAAUUGGAGUUUAAUUUUAUUGGUUCUUAAAUUUAAUUUUUUAUUUUGCAAAAGGCUUCGGUUAGUAAUAAGUUGGCGAAUGAAGCAAACAAACUGGACAAUCUAGACAAAACAUAUGUGAAACCAGCGGAGAAACAGGCAGUAAGUGUGUAACUUUUCACUGAUAAUUUGAUUGUCAUCGAUUCAAUGAAAGGCAUGUGGAUGCAAGACUUUAUUCGAUUUUUUUUGUGUUUUUCAGAAAGAUCUGGGUAAACUUGCAAGUGAUCUUCAGCAAUCGGGCCAAGCCAUACUGGUAUGCUUAGUGAUCAAUAGUAACAAAAUGACCGUACCGGUUUUCUGCUCCAUGUUUAUCGUAAGGCAACAAAAAAUCACAUUCUCUGAUAGGACGUAAAUGCGAACAUGUAAAAGUUAGCACUCUUGACUAAAAUACGAGCUUCCUCUCGAGCCGCCGAGCGAAGCGAAUGUGCGAGAGGUCUGUGAGGGGUCUGGCACGAGAACACUCGUAGACCUCUGGCACUCACUCAUUGUUCACUGACUCAAAACCCGCGGGCUUCAGCGCUCGUUCCGCAGGGCCAAUGAGAGCCUACUUCUAGGCUAUUCGAUUUCGUAACCUCUGAGCAGCGAGGAAUUCAUGGUGAAUUAGGUUUUACUAAACGUGAUAGAAAUUCAGUUUAUACGUGUGGAUUUAUACCUGUUUUGUUCGCGUCACAAUUUGUGCUGGUCGUCUGUUUGUGGCGUAGAAGCAACCUUUUCUCUUGAAUUUUGUCUAAGAUUUUAGUACGUGUCAAUAUUGUUGUACAACAAAGUAAUAAUUGUGUAUCUUUACUUCAGAGUUCUGGCGAAAGAGUUGUUAAAAGCAUAGAGGAAGUGGCGACCUUUUUACAGGAUGAUGCUCUGUCAAUUGCUGCAAAGGUUGGUGGUACUAUUUCUUGUUGCGAAUAUCUAGUGCUUUGUAAGAAUGUAAGAGACAUUUGGUAUUAAGAGCCUUUCAAUUUCUUGUUGGUUUCGAUAACUACCAAUGCCGAUAAAAAAAAGUUGUUUAGUUGUUGUAUUUGUAUCCAAGAUUGAAAAGGUGAUAGUGUUUAAAUUAAACACGGAAAAUAUUAGUAAACGAAACAGAUUUUGUUGUAGUUUGUUGGAAAGACCCACGCGGCCAUCCCUUCGAUUUAGAUUUUAAAGUAUGGCUGUGGGCCCCUUAAAGUUAAUGGUACUUUGGAAAAUUAGACGCCGCACGGCCCUCUUGGCAAGUGAAGACGCCCUUUAUUAUUGUUUACGUUUUGUUUUAUUUUUUUGUAGCACAGUACUCUUAAAGUUCCUAACUGCUUGUUAUGUGUUCUGCUCAAAAAUUUAUUAUACAUCGCUCUUAUACGGCAGCUCCUUUUGGUUCCAGUCUCAAAGAUGACCACUUGCUUCUUUUUGAAUAUUUGCUUUACUAGGGGGUAACAAUGCACUGGGACAAUGUGUUUGGUAAUGUGGAUUAUUUGUUGGACUAUGUCAUCCGUCAGGUACAUUAAAAAUUUAUCUUUGGAAUGAAAUGUCAAAUGGUUUAGUGUUUUGGAUAAGCGUAGGAAACCACGACGCGAAAAGAGGAAUGAAAACCGUGUUUACAUACGCUCAUGUAAAAUGGUUUUAUGGCCAAUCAGAGCGCGUACUGUUUGAAUUAUUUUACAAAGUAUUUUACACUUAUGAAAAUUCCUGAACGUUUUAUCAUGUAACUCCCUUGACCGCGUUCGACUUCACCAUUGUAUGAAUUAGAUUUUGUGUAGAUUUUGAAACCUUUUAAGAUUGUAAAGAACGCGGCUCAAUCUCUCCGUGAAUCGACAUACUGUGUGCAUAUCAACUCAGUCUUGUGUUUAUUGUAUUUUAAGCUUUCAUGUGUUAGGUCCUCCUUUUUUUUUUGUUUAAUUUGUGGCAGUGUCUAGAAAGAGAUAUUAAGCUACCUCGGACACCUCAUCGCAACUGAUUAAAUAUCCUCACUCCUCCCCACAUGUUGGGCUUUUAACGAGGAAACUGGACUGCACGAAGAGUAUUCAGCAUUGAGAGGGAAGUGGGGGGCGUAAGGUGCAGUUCUGACCUUACAAAAAAACAAUAGCUUUUAUAUGAGAGUGGCUUUAAAUUCCGUAGGUCCGAUUUGACGUUGGAAAGUGUAAAGUCCUGUCAAACAUAUACCACGGGUUUACUGGAUCUGUAUGUUCUGAAUAUGCGGCCGGAAUGGUAAGUGCAAGGAAAAGAGAAAAAAUAUUGCCAAGAUGAGUCAGCCCUGUGUUUAAACACAUGAAGUAGUCUUGAGCCUGCUAUGGAGAUUCUCCGACGUUCCUUACAAGUUCAAGACACCUUGCGUAGUAGCCUGCGAGCAGGCCUCAUUAUGAGCGCUGCAGGACGCGCUUUUUUCCGCCCGCGGGAAGAUUUAUUUCUCCAGCCAUUUUAACCGAAAACCAUUAGAGCUGAAAAAUUGAACAUUGUUAUCAGAGAUGUUAUUGACUAAUUUUUGUUGUUGUUAUUAUGCAGAAUGCCUCAUGGGUAGCAUCUGGUCUGAGUUCUCUUGUACUCCUCGUCUCAAUUAUUCUUUGCGUAAAGGCGUCUAAACAUUUCUUACGGGCGAAAAAGACUGGAGUUUUUAACAAACUAGGUAUGUAUUUGCUUCAGUCAAACAAUUUCAAUGGGAACCCACAUGUAAACUGGCAACCGAGGUUGUGAAUUGUAGAAAAGAAAUGGGUGAUAUAAGUCAAACUAUCUCUAGAUCUAAUUGAUCCUGUCUUGGUUUGCCAAGUUUUCGCACACGAUUUCAAAAUAUUUUUGGGCUGUUUUGCCAUAUUUUUUCCUUCUCCAGUGGAUGAUGUUUUAUGAAUGUCUUGUGGUGUCGCCUAGAGGACGUGCAGAACAACUUCAUUCCAUUUAUUUUAUUUCACGUCAUUAUGUAAUUUUACUUCUUCGUCUGAAACCUCAAGGAUUCACAAUAUGGUCAUUCUUUAAAGUUAGUGUUUUAUUACUAAAAUCAUGCAAGUUUUUAACCUAGCAGAAUGCAAGUGUCUGUCUCUCAUUUGAUAUGAAUGGUGAUGACAACUGCUCCAAAAGACAAUUUUCAUUCAAAAAUAAGUAUGACUGCUACGAUAUAGUUCACACGUGACGUCAAAAGGUGGUGAAAAGGUGGUGAAAAGGAAAUAAGAACUAAACCAAUGGCUCGCUCGCUAAAGGCCAAAGUUUCACUGAUCUUAACUUCUUACCGUUGUGAAUAUGAGCUCAAUCAUUUCGCAAUAAAACAGCCACUUUUUGAAGACAGUUCAUAAUAAAUUAAAUCCAGGAUUGAAGACUCAUUCUAAUUUAGGUAUUUCUCAAGGCGCUUGGAAGACCUUCGUCUCAAUUUUUUAUUUUUAUUGCACUCAGAGAGCCUUGACUUAACUUAAUUUAAAACAUUGCUUUUUAAAUCGGCAGCAAGUAAAUCGCAAAGAUAAUGAAAAUAUUGUGCGUUGUUGAAGAUAAGUAACAACAAUUCGCCAGGACGUAAGCCGGUAGUCUGCGAUAUGAAAGAUAUUUGGAUACCAUCGAUCUUUGAGCGCGUUGUGUUUAGUCCAUUGACUUAUCUGUGGUCGUGCUGUUGCGAAUUUCUCAGUGGUACUGCCGUAUGUUAACUCCGGCAUUGCCCUUGUCCAGGCUCAGCCUAGAAAUAAGCCACACGGUGUUCUGAUCGGUAGCGGGUUCCUAGCGAAAAUUAAAUACUUUCUGGGUAGGAUUGGCGGAGAAGGGAGAGGAGGGUAGGGGAGGGCAGUGGGAUGGAGGUAUGGGGGAUGCUCAUCGUUUUUUUUCCUUUUUGCUAAAACUCUCUUAACCUAAUUUUCAUAAACACUUUGUUUUCCAGAACCAGAGGAUAUGGUUCAAUUGCACAGCCUCGAGGAAAGGCCGAUGCAUCAUGCCUAGAAAUUGCUUUCGCUUAGGUGCUUCAGUUAACGAAGAAAUAAUGGAAAAAAGAAAAAAAUGAAAAAAAAAAGUGAUUAAAUGAAAAUAAAAAUAAAUUUAUCGAGGGUUUUUUAGUAUGCAGGUUAAAAUAUUUUCGCGUAUCCUUGGUAAUGUGAAUUCUGGAGCAACUAGGUCUGUAUGUAGUUUUUAAUGGCCUAGCUGACGGCCUUCUGGAGAUGUAAUAUUCCACAAAAUCAAUAAAUAAUUUUGCCAACAAGGGUACAAAGCGGUUAAGCCAUGAAUGGGCUGUUGUGAAAAUUGAUGAAGGCGUUACAUUUAUACCGUGGUGAACACCACGCAGUUGACAGAGGAAUACUGAACACAAAAUCAUCUGUGAGAAAAGACAUUGAAAUGACAAUAUUUUCUUUUAACUUGCUGACUUGUUUACACAGAAUAAAAAUAUCCCGUAAAGACCAGUUAAUUUUAAGAAAGUGUAAGGUAAACUUAAACAUUGCCAAGUGUGAAUCUUGGUACACUAAUAGUAUUUCUACAAUUUACACAAUAAUGUAAAUUAAGGGCCAUAAGACUCCUUUUAGCGUCACGAGCAAUCUUAAAGCGCGCGGGUUUCUUCAAAACAGCAGUGUUCCAAUAAAAGCCUUCAUUAUAAACGAGUGCUACUAAAAUCGUCUAAAAGUCACAAGCAUACGAAUCUGGUAACAAGUGGUUCUGCUGUGGGAUCACAUGGUUUUCAGGCGAAAUGGAGGGCUAACUGUCAAAAAGGGAGGGGGAAGGGGAACACAGGAAUAUUACAGAGACUUGGGGGGGUUAAGUAAAUUUUAUCGCGACAAACCAAACUCCUCAGACCCCUCCCCGGCGAUAAAUAAUUACCAGUCCCUCAGCUUUAAGGAAUUUUCACGGUCUAAUUAGGUGGUGUGGUGUUAAGGCGGCUUUUUGAUAUAUUGGGCUUUCAGACGAGUGGCUUGAGGAAAAGGUGGCUUUCUAGGGAAAGGGAGUUCAUAAAGGACUCUUUAACCCGUUUCACUCCCAAGAGUUCAUUAGUAAUGUACCUUACUGUCUGCUAUACAAUUCUUAUGAUGUUAGUUUGGAGAAUUUGGUGUUGUAUCAACUGUCAAUCGCCUAAUUGACAUCUUUCUUUACUACUAUUACUUAUCUGCGUGACAUAUCGAAAUUGUAAGGAGAAAUUCUCUCCUGGUCACUCAUGGGUAUUAAAGGGUUAAACCUAAAAUGUGACACAUGAUUGUUCUUCUGAACUGUCGCCCAGUUGAAAUGACUACAGUAUGCAUUUCUUUUGUUGAAGCCCUACAAGAACAACAUUUCUUAAAAACAUGGAAACUAAUACAGGCUUCAAAUACAUUUACGUUUGGCCCUGAAACGGGUUUCGAGUUGAAAUAAAGCUCCAGUACUUGUAUAGCAGUACUAUACCAUAUCAUUUUGUCUUACACUUCCACUUGAGAGGUUUAUGUUGGAGAUGAUGCAUAGGCGACUAUCAGAAACUUAAUGUCUUACAGGGAGGUUUGGAAUUACGAUCUGUGAAGUUCUAUGGCGAGUUUACGUAAAUCUUAAUUAAGCGAGGAAGCAGAAUUGAAGGGUUAACAGACCUCAUUGUUUUACUACAGGAAUUUCUGCAGAUUUUCCGUCGGAGCUUCCAUGGCUGGAUGGGUUGGGGAUCAAAGACAACUACGUCAACUUGGUCGACGUUAAGUCUUUAGGUGAAAUUUGACCACAAUUUACGGUACUACUAUGGGAUAAACUUAUCUCCUUAAAUCUGACGAGGAUACGCAUUCUCGUGAGCGUGUCCGGAGACAUACGGGAAACAAGCCAAAGUUUUGCUGACUCUCUGCAUGAAAAAUAUUUAUGGAGUUAGAUUAUGUUGCAAUCAGAUUUACUUUUUUGACUGUGUUGAAACCGAAAGCGAAAAGUGAACGACUAAGAACUAUAUUAGAGUACCUCUGAAGAUUACGAUACAAGCAUAACACUUGUGCACUCAUUUCUGUCGCCCGGCUAUUGACGGGUGCAUUUAUCACGUGCUCAGCUCGAUUUAAAGUAGAGAUUCUUUUUCUGUGAAUCUUGGGAAUGAUUCGCGUUUUUCUGUUGUGAAGCCAUACGGAUAGAAAAGUUACCUUUAUUUCAAUAGGGCAUUCCUUUCAGUAGUUACAAAGUGAAAACUUUUAUAUCAAGGCCUUAUAUCUAGUAAUGCAAGUAUGUACAGAGAAAUAAAAACAAGAAGGAACUAGUUCAUUACAAGCAAAGUAAAAUUUAAAUUAAAAAAUCCAAAAAAUGACAAAUAAAAGCAUUUUCUAAAGAAUUUUAAGAGCUUUUUAGCUUCGAUCUGCCUUGUCGCACAACAAAUGACGCUCCAAUCUGUUUCCAAAUGGAUUCACUAUAAUUAAAGCUCUUUUCAAACGUUGAACUUCACAUGAGGCGAACUAAACUGCAAUUUUGGUCGACCCCAGCGGGUAAUGUUCGACCGUUGGGUCUUUCGUAGAACAUAAUUCGUCGAGCCAAAUUUAGAGCAGCAACAACGAAUGUUUCGGUCAGAGAGAUUUCAAAUAAAACAAUUUGAAAUUUAAUCAUUACCACGAAAAGAUCGAUCUUCACACGUUCUAUC